AUGGCGACCAGUGAUUCGGCGCGCGUCCUGGCGGCGUGGGAGGAGUGCGACAAGACGGAUACCUUAUUCGUCCUCGUCUGCACAGUAAUCUGCUGGACCAUUGUGCCGACUGUCGGAAUUGCGUACGGAGGAUAUUCGUGGAAGCGCAACGGGCUUUCUGCCGCCAUACCGGCCCUCCUCACCAUCGCGACGUGCUCGAUACAGUGGUUUGUGGUCGGCUACACGCUGGCGUACGGUGAGGGCGGCUCCGUCUUUGGCGAUUUCCGGUAUGCCUUUCACCGUGGUGUCCUGUCCGAGCCCGUGGGCACGAUCCCGGCUAUACUCUUCAGCGAGUUCCAGCUGGUCUUUGAGGCGACCGUCUGCGCGAUUGCGGUCGGGGGGUUCUGUGAGCGUGGGCGGUUGUUGCCUGUGAUACCGUUCAUAGUGUUGUGGUCGACUUUCAUUUAUUGCCCGUUGGCGCACAUGGUCUGGGGCGGUGGAUUCCUCGGGGAAGACUUGGGAGUGCUUGACUUCGCUGGCGGUACGCCCGUGCAUGUGUGCUCUGGCGCGACGGCCACGGCCAUCAGCCUCUACCUCUCGUACCCGAUUUUCCGUUCCCGGCGAUCCGACCGCCGCACUCCCACCCACAUACGCCUCCACCGACCAGGGAACUCCUUCUGCCAGCUGAUCGCCCUGAUCAUCAUCUGGGGCUCCUGGCUCGCCUUCGACGCCGGGACGACGCUGGCGCUCAACUUCCAGUCCGUGAUGGCGCUCUGCGCGACGAACCUGUGCGCGUCGUCGGGCGCGCUGACGUGGGCAUGCCUCACGUACUACGAGACGGGGAGGUGGUCGCUGGACUCGACGUUCAUGGGCGCCAUCUCGGGCCUCGUCAUGAUCACGCCGGCCGCCGGCUUCGUCGACCUGCCCACGGCCUUCCUCCUCGGCGUGCUCGGCGCCCUCGUCUGCCGCCAGGCCCUGCGGGUCAAGUCCACGGACACGGCGCGGCGCUGGCGCUGGGUCGACAAUGGCGAUACCUUUGCCACGCAUUGCGUCGGUGGGAUCCUGGCUACCAUGGCGACUGGUCUUUUUGCCCAGAAAGAAGUUGCGGCAUACGGCGGCGUCGAGGUUGAUGGAGGCGUGUUUUUCGAUGGCAAUAUUCGACAGCUUUGGGUACAGCUCGUGGAGGUCCUCGUGGGGUUCACCUGGUCCUUUUUCGGCUCCUUCGCGAUCAUUGCGUUGAUUGAUUGUGUGCCAGGCCUUGAAGUUUUAGCUGUCGACAAGGAAAUCAUGUCAGGUCUCGACACGUUUCAAACGGAAGAGUCCUUGGAUCAAACGUAUAUCGUUGACGAAGAGGACUACUCUCCUUUCACCGGAGGCGAGAUUGGCAUAUAA